UCCAUCAGGAUAAACAGAUGCUCGUCGUCUUCAAUCAACCGCUCGAUGUGCACAAGGGAAGGAUGUGCACUGGCAAGGAUGUUGGGUGAUGGAUGAUCUGGCGAGUGAACCGGGGCCGGCGGAGGCGUCCGACAAAAACAGCGAGCCUGCCCAAGCACACACGACUGAGAUCUUUCAAAUCUCUCUUGCCUCCCUGAGUUCAUGUGUGUGCGGCUAGCAAUGGAUGUGCGCACGCACCUACCGCGACUGCAGGCGGCAGAGAUAGUAGUCCUCAUCUGAGCAGGAAUAUGCCGGUCCAUGUCGGGACGACGGCGGCACGGCGGCGUUGUCGACGGUGCCUACACGGGCGCGUCUUCUUCGCUUCUUCCUGAACAUCCCCUGAUUAGAAAGGCCGCAUCCUCUGUUCCGUCGUCGUCGUGGAUGAUGCGGCGUCGGGCACGUCGUCUUGAGGCCUUAAGGUAGGCCAGACGACACGUCGUCUUCGCUUUCUCGGCUCCUUCUCUUUUCUCAGGGCAGGGGCGGCCGCGGAGCAGUUCGGCGUUGGAUGGUUCGGCGUUGGGUGGUCGUGGUUGUUGUCCACCUUCAUCGGUGUGCCAUCCCGAGCGACCAAUACGAGGUCUUGCGCCUUCCAGAAGUCGCCUGUGAGCAGGGCGUCUGAGAAAAACAGAGAGCUGGCUGGGAACAAGCAGGGACGAGG